AUGGCUUCUCCAAGGGAACUGCCAUCAGCAUCGGCCAAUGCCGUUGCUAUGAGGGAGCGUACCAGGAGUCGCUUGCACCGCUUGGACACCACGUCCAGUGAAGCGCUCGGUCCUCCAAAGGAGGAUGACGCAGCUACACCCCACAGCGUUUUCGGACGCACUCCAAUUCAGCCGGACCUCCUGAACUCCGACUGGCAAACCCAAAGCUCCUGCCGCGGCAUUCAGUAUGCGUUGCUCCUGUGUUUGUUGAAACUCACCGCUCAAAUCCCCAACCCAAACUCGUCCCAAAUCCUCGGUCACAUGAUCAGGCCUGGCCCUGUUCCAGCAGAUCGCAACUCCUGCGGCUGCUGUGGCGCAGUGUCGGCGCCGGAAGUGAUCGCCGAGGGGACCAGAACGGAGCAGCAGAUCCUCCGCACACAAGGGGUCGCCGACACUGACGAGGCGUUGGCUCAGCGGACCUUGCAGCGGGUCCUCGCGGAGAAGCGGGAGCAGGACGAGCUGUUCGACAUGUGGCGGACCGAAGUGAAGGAGGCUCGUGAUGAGCUUCACGAACAGAUUCGGACCAGCAUCCGUAAAGAUCUGGCAGAAGCCAGGGAGAACCAGCUGCACCAGGAGAUCCAGUUCCAAAGCAAUGCUGUGCGAAGGCUGCACGAGGAGACGCUGAAGCAGCAGCAUGAGCUGGAUACCGUCAGAGACACACUGCAGAGAAGGCACCAGGCGGCUAUUGAGAACUACAAAUUCAGCUUCGAGAUCGUGCAAGAAGAGCUGGCAGAGUGUGUCAAGGAGCGAGACGAGUAUGCUCAGGAGCUCCAGGUACACAAGGAGGCUAAUGAAGAGCUGAAGUGUGAGGUGGAGGCUCUCGAAGACGAGCUGGAGUCGUUCGGCCGCUUCCAGGCUAUCGAGGCAGAGCAACAACAGCGACUUAGAACCCUCCUCGCCACCAGCGAUCGCGACCGUUUGGUGACCUUCUUCGACAUUUGGAAGCGCUACACUCACGGAGAAUGGGAGUCCUGGACGCAACUUCCCAAAGCCAGCGCCUUUUUCAUGUUAGGGUCCUUGUUGCUCCAUCUGUUGGCUUCGAUUCAUGGCUGUAGCUGGCCGAUGGAGUAUGCUUGGGAAGCUUAG